UUAGUUUUUUUGAUCUCUUACAGGUAAGAGAAUCCUGUUCACUGUCAGAAUGCGGCUUUUUUUCAGUUACUUAUGGAUAUACCGCAGAUUUUUACUGAUUUUACUAACUCCACUGCUUCUACUGCCAAUUCCACUAAUCAUCAAAACCCAGGAGGCAGAAUGUGCAUAUGUGCUGUUCUUAGUUGCCAUCUUCUGGCUAUCAGAAGCUUUACCUCUGUCUGUCACUGCUUUUAUCCCAGCUUUAAUGUUUCCAUUGUUUGGGAUUCUACCAUCUAAAACUAUUGCAUCUUCCUAUUUCAAAGACUUCCAUUUGUUGUUAACGGGGGUCAUUUGUUUGGCAACCUCAAUAGAGAAAUGGAACUUACACAAAAGAAUAGCCUUACGAAUGGUGAUGCUGGUGGGCGUCAAUCCUGCCUGGCUUAUGCUGGGAUUUAUGUUCAGCACUGGCUUCUUGUCCAUGUGGCUGAGCAACACAUCCACUGCUGCCAUGGUGAUGCCAAUAGUAGAAGCAGUAGCACAGCAAAUAAUUAAUGCUGAGGCAGAAGUUGAUGCCAUGCAAAUUAAUUCAUCAGACGGCAUUCACAAUGAAGUGUUUGAACUUGAAGAAGGCACCAGUGAGAUGGCUACAAAAUGUGAUCCAGAGAAACAUGUUAAUGGGUAUACUAAUGGAACAGUGACAACAUGGAAUGAUGAAAAAGACACAGUAUGUUUAUAUUUUAUGCUAUUUUAUGCUCAAACAGGUUCAGAAAAGAGAUACAGAACUAAAAAAGAUCACAUGAUGUGUAAAGCAAUGUGCUUGUGUAUUGCUUAUUCAUCCACAAUUGGUGGCCUGUGCACAAUUACUGGCACAUCUACUAACUUGAUAUUUGCUGAACAGUUCCAAACACGCUAUCCUAAGAGCACAGAAAUUAAUUUCGGAACAUGGUUCCUGCUUUGCAUUCCAAUCAGUAUCAUUCUGCUCUUGCUUUCAUGGAUAUGGCUGCAAUGGCUCUUCUUAGGAUUCAACAUGAAAGAGAUGUUUAAAUGCAAGAAACAAAAAACACAACGUGAAAAGGCAUCUGCAAAAGUCAUCUUAGACGAAUAUCAAAAACUUGGCCCUAUUAGCUAUCAAGAAAUCAUGACCUUCAUUCUGUUUCUGCUGAUGGCCCUCCUGUGGUUUACAAGAGAUCCUGGAUUUUUUCCUGGGUGGUCUUCUCUAUUUCCCAAUUACCGUGGGUAUGCUACUGAUUCUACUGCCGCUUUACUACUGGGUCUUCUGUUCUUUAUUGUCCCUGCAAAUCUCUGGAAAAACGCUGGCAAAAGCAAUUCUUUGGAUUACACCCCACUCAUUACAUGGAAAGAAUUUCAGGCCUGUAUGCCUUGGGAUAUUGCUAUUCUUGUUGGUGGUGGAUUUGCAUUGGCAGAAGGAUGUGAGGUUUCUGGACUGUCGCUGUGGAUAGGAAACAAGAUGACCCCACUUGGCUCAUUACCUAUUUGGGUUGUGGUUCUUAUUGCAUGCAUAAUUGUGACAUCGGUUACUGAAGUUGCUAGCAAUCCUGCAACAAUCACAAUAUUCUUACCUAUAUUAGCUCCAUUGGCUGAAGCACUAUAUGUGAACCCACUCUACAUACUCCUCCCUACAACUCUUUGCACAUCUUUUGCCUUCCUACUUCCUGUAGCAAACCCACCAAAUGCCAUUGUCUUUUCUUAUGGCCAUCUUCAAGUUAUAGACAUGGUAAAAGCUGGACUCGGUAUUAAUAUAUUAGGCGUUCUUGUUGUGAUGCUUUGUAUAUCGACUUGGGCAAUACCUAUGUUCAAUCUUCAAACAUAUCCAUCCUGGGCUCCAAUUAUUGUUCCUCCAAACAGCACAAUCCUGACUACAUCAUUCCUGACUACUGUGGGGUGA